AUGUUGACGGUUGAAAAGUCAUGGGUCAAUGUUCAGCAGAAAACCUUUACAAAAUGGCUCAAUGAUAAGUUGAAGGUCCGAAGACUCUUCAUUGAAGAUCUAGUAUCUGACCUCUCCAACGGCAUCAUCCUCAUUCACCUUCUCGAAAUCCUCGGCGGCGAGCCCCUCGGUAAAUAUGCCUCGAAUCCCAGAUUGCGCGUGCAAAAAUUUGAAAAUGUCAACAAGAGUCUGGACACUAUCAAGGGGAGGGGAAUUCAGAUGACAAACAUCGGUGCAGAGGACGUCGUUGAUGGCAAUAGGAAGAUCAUCUUAGGGCUAAUAUGGACUCUCAUUCUGAGAUUCACCAUCAGCGAUAUCAAUGAGGAAGGUAUGACCGCAAAGGAGGGUCUACUGCUGUGGUGUCAAAGGAAAACCGCCUGCUACGAGGAAGUUGAGGUCCGGGACUUUUCCACUAGCUGGAACGAUGGUCUGGCGUUUUGUGCCCUUCUGGAUAUACAUCGCCCUGACUUAAUCGACUUCGACGCGCUUGAUAAAAAGGACCACCGUGGGAACAUGAAAUUGGCAUUUGAAAUUGCUGCUAAUGAAAUCGGCAUUCCCGACCUGCUUGAUGUGGACGAUGUCUGCGAUGUCCCAAGACCUGAUGAGCGGUCUUUGAUGACUUACAUCGCAUAUUGGUUUCAUGCCUUCUCCCAACUGGAGCGAGUCGAGAAUGCCGGUAGGCGAGUCGAAAAGUUCAUCAACAACAUGCAUGGCGCUUGGGAAAUGCAGAACUCAUAUGAAAGAAGAAUGAAGGAACUUCUGCGCCUCAUCAGGGUCCAACGCGAAGAAUGGAAGAACGCUUCUUUCGAAGGAACGUACAAGGAUGCCAAGGACCAGGCCUAUCAAUUUUCCUUGUACAAGCGAAAACAGAAACGACAAUGGGUAGCUGAAAAAUCCGACCUCGCUGCCCUUUUGGGUAACAUCAAAACCAAGCUCAGCACCUACCGUCUCCGCCCCUAUGACCCCCCCGCAGAGCUAAGUCUUGAAGUUUGCGAUCAAGAAUGGGAAUGUCUAACGCGCGAUGAGCAUGAACGUAGUCAACUCAUUAACGAGACGAUUCGAGAUAUCAAGAACGCCCUACGUCGUUCCUUCGCGGACAAAGCGAAUGACUUCGCACUAACUCUGAAGACUCUAUCUCUUGCAAUAUCAGGUCUUGAUGGCGAUGUAGAAGACCAAUUAGCCCAUGUUAAGAGACUCAAUGACAACCUUCCUCCCCUUGAUGCGUUUUUAGAUACUAUUGCGGAGAUAGACGAGCAGUGUGUGGAAGCGAACAUUGAAGAGAACGACUACACAACAUAUACACUAGAUGAACUCUCCUACGAGUUGAGCCUAGUCAAGUCGAGCAUCUCCAAGAAGUUAGCCUUCCUUGACAAUCAGCUUGUGGCUCGGAACAUGACGAAUUUGACCCCGAUCCAGUUGGAAGAGUUUGAAUCAGUAUUUAGACAUUUCGAUCGCGACUCCUCAAACACCCUUCAUGAGCUUGAGUUCUCUGCUGCCCUUGCCAGUCUUGGACUAGUAUAUGAUGAGGAUGAGAUGCACGAGGUGUACGUUGAGACGUGUGGCCCAGCUAGAUUAGCACAGAACGCCGGAGUUAGCUUCGAACAGUUUAUCCGUUUCAUGGUCAGUGUGACUGAGGAUCAAAACACAGCCGAACAAGUGUUGCAGAGUUUCCGUGAAGUCGCAGAUGGCAAGCCAUAUGUCACAGAACUUGAUCUUCGACACUCACUUAUCCCCGAUGAAGUGAUUGACCAUCUUGUUCAGACCAUGCCUAGACAUGAAGUGUUUGACCGGGGUGAAGACCAAAAUGAACCCAAGUACGACUACUACAGCUUCAUGGAGAAGAUGAUGGAGAGUGGCAACUGUGGACAGAGUAAUGCCGCUUCCAAUGGCGGGGCUUAA